AUGAGCGUGGAAGGCUCAAACGACAACUUGCAGCCAGAGAGAUUCUCAAACCUUGACACCCCUUCUUCGCCACGUGAGUCGCCAACUCAUUUCCCGACAGAUGCCCCAAGAAGUUCAGAGCCUUUCAGAGGAGAUUCUGAUCACAGUCGUGCAUCAAGAGCUUCGCAAUCCCCCGAAGAAUCGCUGGUUGGUAUGUUCGAGGCCUUUCUAAGACAACAGAGCGCGAACAAAUCGGAAAGGCCUGGAAUUGUAGUCUUUGGCGAACCAUCACCAUUUACAUUCGCUCUUGAAGAAUUAAAACACGGGGAUAGUCCCAAGCUCCACAACGCAAAUCGCCAGAUCUACGAUAAGACUGCCUCUUUAGGCGGGGCCACCCAGCCUCCUGGACAUCUGGCAGAAACAGACUUCGCAUACUUAAAGGCGAAGGGUGCAUUUAACUACCCCGACGGGGCUAUAUCGGAUGCUCUUAUCUCGGCUUAUUUUGAGAGAUUCCAUCCACUAUGUUCAAUAGUGGAGAAGUCUCAAUUAGAAAGAGAUUACCGUGAACAAAAGCUCCCCUGGAUAAUCCUUCACGCCGUUUGUUUCAUUGGUGCUACUUUCUGUGAUGAUGCAGUGAUCCAUCGAUCGGUGUUCAAAUCGAGAUUCGAAGCACGGCAGUUCUACUACGAAAAAGCUAAGGUCUUGUUUACCGUGGGAUAUCACUCGGACAAGAUUGUCUUACUCCAGGCAGCUUUGAUGCUUAGCUUCUAUGGACCACAUAUACAAGGCUACUGGAACCCGGGAAGUUGGACCGGCUUUGGAGUGACAAUUGCAGUGUCACUUGGUCUACAUCGGGCUGCUACAUAUACUCACUCGCACUUCAGAGAAGUGACGAGUUUACUAAGAAGGGUGUGGUGGAACCUGGUCAUACGAGACGCAUAUACGUCUGCAUUGCUCGGCCGUUCAUUUAGACUCAAUAUGUCUCUUUGCGACACAGAGCCCUUAACAUGCGAGGAUUUUGAAAGCUUCGUAACGUGCUCCCAUCAGCCACAGACCGAUUGUCACUGCAAGGACUCUGCUCAUUACCAAAUUCAAAUCUCCAAAUUGUCUCUUCUUCUACGACGGAUCCUGAUCAGUCGUUUUGGGCCCGGGGAAAGUACAGCCACAGUGGCGCAGCUGCAUCAACUACUGUCGGACUGGCAAUCAGAUCUCCCGAAAUCGAUGAAUUGGGUUCAGCGGAAGUCUCCCCUAUCCAAGUUCUCUGUGAUUUUCAAGAUUAUGUUCCAUUAUCAUGUCAUCUUGCUCCAUAUGUUAAAGCCGGAAAGAGUCUCAUCCUCCCAAGCUCAAACGCCUUGCAGUACUGGUCGUUCCACAGCGAUUGCAGAAUCAGCAGCAUCUGGUAUAGCGUCCACUGCUAUCACAAUAAUGACCAAUUCUUCUCUGAACGCAUUUCCACACGAACUAUUCCCUGCAUUCUUCCUUGCAGGCAUUAUUUUCUAUCGUCAGUGGCGUCAGUCUGAUGCCGACUCGGCUGAAAAGGCCCGGGCGUCACUCGAUAACUGUCUGAUUGUGUUGAACCAGGCAGCUGAUUUCUGGGACCCAGGGAGCUGGGCAGUAAAACUCUUCGAAUUUCUUUCUUCCAGCUCCGAUGACAAAGAAGAAAUUUCGCACCCAGUCAGCCAACAAGAAAUUGAUGAGCCCGAUGAGUUGCAACCAGCUACUAAUGAAGUGGUUUCGGAGAGCUUCAAUUCACCGCUGGUGGACUUACAACAAAACCUGUACGUACCAUUCGAUACAGGCACCAUUUUCGAUGCGAACGUUCCAGUCGGACUCAGGGAUAUCAUGUUGAUGCCAAAUUUCUGGCUUCCCUCUGCUGAAGAACCACAAAUUUUCCCACUAUGA